UGUGGUGUAUGUGCUUGGCUGUGCGUGAGUGUGUGUGUGUGUUAUACCAAACAAAAAUUGGCAUACUAACACUGCCAUAGCGACGCUUAACAAAUUAAAUUAGAAGCUUUGCAGUGUAAACACUUCUGACGCACAUAGGACUGGGAAUAUGUCCAGCUUUGUCUGUCUAAUCCCCAUUCAAAAACAGUACGAACAACACAACUAGGCCCGUCCCGCCCGCUGCCUAUUGGGCUAUUUAUAGACUGAUUAGCAUGCUCUGCUUUAGAAAUUAAUUGAAAUUGGGGUGGCUGCUAGUGGGGGCGUUCGUUGCCGGGCAAGACGGCAUCGACAGCCAAAAGGCAUUACAUCUGCAAUAUAGUAAAACAACUGUUGCCCCGUCGUUGUUACUGUUCCGCAAACAGAAAGAGGGCGACAGAGAUUGAGAGAGAGAGAGAAAGAGAGAGGUGGGGCUGUGGGUGGUCACAUACCUAACAACAUUCAAGCUGUAACAGCGGGCGGCGCUGUCACGGGCACAUGCUGACCUUGGAGCAAGUGGCGACUUUGUGUGUCUGGUUUAUAUAAAUGUACAUCAAUGCAUUAAAAAAAAAUCUCUGGUCGAUACAAGGCUUCCGUUGCCCCGUCGAGUGAUUGGACUUUGAGCCAAUAUUAAGUCCCAGAGCGUGUCGUGUCUCUCUAGCUGACUUGAUAAGACGACGACAACGUGUAGCGAGCGGGGGCCGGCUGAAGAGCGAGCUGUGGGAGCGGACGAUGAACAAUCUUGUGCAGGAUAUACAAAACAAAUACUCAUUUCUGGACAAUCUAUUCAGUCACGUAUGGAAAUGCAUUAUCCGAUCGAAUUUAAAGCUAAAGCUACAAUUGCGCAGUAUUCAAUGGAAGAAUGCAAAAGCCAAGCCCGGCUGUGCCUACCAGCCCACAGAGAUCGAGCAGGUGGCUAACGUUAUAACUCAUGGUAUUUGGAUAGUACCCGCCGUGUUUGCAGUCAUAAAGCUCUUCGAGCGCUCGAACAGCUCUAGCCAGUAUCUGGUGUCCUGGGUCUAUGGCACCACGCUCUGUAUGCUGUUCACAGUUUCCACAUUUUUUCACUGCUCUUGUUACUGCGCCGAACACAAGCCCCCCAAAAACUAUGAUGCUUGGCCCGCAUUUGGCUGGAAAACGUAUCAGAGUCUCAAAAAUGUAUUGCAUCGAUGCGAUCGUGCCAUGAUUUAUGUUUUUAUUGCCGGCUCAUAUUUUCCCUGGCUGACGCUAGAGAAUACGGACCAUUCGGCGAUACUGUUUUGCAUGGAAUGGAUUAUUUGGCUUAUGGCGGCCAUUGGGAUUGCUUAUCAACAGCUUUACCACGAACGCUACAAAUGCCUGGAGACAUUCUUUUAUAUUGUAAUGGGUCUGGGACCAGCGGUAGUUGUAAUGCUUACCGGACACCAUUUUAAUGGCAUGAUGCAGCUCAAAUUUGGCGGUGCCUUCUAUAUAUUGGGCAUUAUCUUUUUUAAGUCAGAUGGUUUGAUUCCCAUGGCGCACGCCAUUUGGCAUCUCUUUGUGGUGCUCGCCGCCGGCUGUCAUUAUUAUGCGAUUUUAGUAAACUUGUAUCCAAAUGACUCCAAUCAUUUACAAAUUAGUAACUAAGUAUAGCCCAAGUCGUCGUGAAGCUUAUGACUGUAAGAACAUUAUCGUUUAACGUACUUAACUGAGCCGCGGAUUCAUCAAUUGAUAAUUGUGACCCACAGAAAUUUAAGUUAGUGAUUUUCAGUUUUUUUAUUUUUUAUUGUAAAUUUUGAGCCAGCCAGAAUGUAUUCCUUCCUACCUACCACCCAUAUAUAUCACUGCUCCAGAAUUAGCCAAAUUUUGUACAAAGUAUAUAGAUUUAUUUAUUUUUAUGCUUUACUUGAGUUCAUCAAACGGAUUUAUGUACGAUAGUUGUAGUUGUAGAAUAUUAGACAAUUUGUUAGAAUAAGGCAACGGAUUCUUAAGAUAAUCGGUAAAAGAAAA